AAUCUUGCAAAUAAUUCUAGAGUAAAAUUGAUAUUAUGCAAUGAUGAUAAUUUAAUUGAUAAAAUCAAAGAAGUGCAGAGAUUAUAUCCUGAUUCAGAUCAUGAUAUUAUAAGUAUUGAAGAUAUAACAACUGAUGAAAACACAAAAACAGAAAUAUUUGGUAUAAAAUUUGAAAGAAAAAUUAGGAUAGGAAAACUUAGAAAGAUUAGAAAUUCUCUAUAUUGA